GUCCCACACCGGGUGGUGGCGGGGGGUCUAUAUAAAAGCACCACUUAUCUCUCUGGACAUUCAAGUUAAACACGCUGCGAGCAGGGGCCACCGGUCUUGCACAGCGACUUGUCAAGAAGGUGCCAAUUGAAUCAAGGAGGACGUCCGAAUUCGGAAUUUUUGCAUCAAUCAGCGUCGUGACAGCACUGUUCUCUUCGCGAGUUCAAAACUUUUCCCAGUGCGCGUUAAACUGUUUUUCCGCGCCAUUCAACACAUAAGUGUGAGCGAGGUGUAAAAUAAAAAGAAGUUCCACCAUGAUGAGCAACAACUACAGCGAGGAGCCGCAGUACUACCAGGCCGCUGCCGACUUUGGCGAGGAGGAGGACGAAGAGAUGCCGGCCACGGAGAAGGACCUGGCCGAGGACGCGCCGUGGAAGAAGAUCCAGCAGAACACGUUCACCAGGUGGUGCAACGAGCACCUCAAGUGCGUCAACAAGACCAUCGGCGACCUGCAGAGGGAUUUCAGCGACGGCCUCAAGCUCAUAUCGCUGCUGGAGGUGCUGAGCCAGAAGAAGAUGUACAGGAAGCAUCACAACAGGCCCAACUUCCGGCAGAUGAAGCUGGAGAACGUCUCCGUCGCCCUGGAGUUCCUGGACAGGGAGCACAUCAAGCUGGUCUCCAUUGACAGCAAGGCCAUUGUUGAUGGCAAUUUAAAGCUGAUCCUGGGUCUUAUCUGGACUCUCAUCCUGCACUACUCCAUAUCCAUGCCCAUGUGGGACGACGAGGACGACGAGGAGACAAAGAAGAUGACGCCCAAGCAGCGCCUGCUGGGCUGGAUACAGAACAAAGUGCCGCAGCUGCCCAUCAAUAACUUCAACCGAGACUGGAGGGAUGGCAAAGCCCUCGGAGCUUUGGUGGACAACUGUGCUCCAGGUUUGUGUCCUGAUUGGGCCGAGUGGGACCCAAACCAGCCCGUGCAGAAUGCCAGGGAAGCCAUGCAACAGGCUGACGACUGGCUGGGAGUGCCUCAGGUGAUCGCACCUGAGGAGAUAGUGGACCCAGAUGUGGACGAGCACUCGGUGAUGACUUACCUGUCUCAGUUCCCAAAAGCCAAACUCAAGCCAGGAGCCCCUCUCAAAGCAAAGCAGCUUUUCCCUCACAAAGUCAAAGCCUAUGGACCCGGUAUCGAGCCUCAUGGCAACAAGGUGCUGCACCCUGCUGUGUUCACUGUGGAUACUCUGGAAGCGGGCAGUGGGGAGGUCUUAGUCUAUGUGGAGGAUCCAGAAGGACACAAAGAAGAGGCUAAAGUCAAACCCAACAAGGACAAAAACAGAACUUACACCGUCACCUAUGUUCCUAAAGUUGAGGGUCUCCACAAGGUCAAGGUGUUGUUUGCAGGCCAAGACACUGACAAGAGCCCCUAUGCAGUGAAUGUGGCAAAGGACAUGGGCGACCCCAGCAAAGUCCACGCCCGAGGACCCGGGUUGGAGCGCACGGGGAAUGUGGCCAACAAACCCACCUACUUUGACAUCUACACUGCUGGUGCUGGCAAUGGCGACGUCAGCGUGGUCAUUGUUGAUCCUCAGGGGAAAAAGGACACCGUAGAGCUCAUCCUGGAGAACAAGGGUGACAGUGUGUUCCGAUGUACUUAUCGCCCCGUGAUGGAGGGUCCUCACACCAUCCAUGUCCUGUUUGGAGGCCACGAGAUCCCAAAGAGCCCCUUCGCUGUCAACAUCGCCGAGGCCAUGAAUCCGAACGCCUGCAGAGCUACAGGCAGAGGCCUUCAGCCUAAAGGCGUGAGAGUAAAGGAGGUUGCAGACUUCAAAGUUUUCACCAAGGGAGCUGGCAGCGGAGCACUGAACGUCUCGGUCAAAGGACCCACUGGAGCACAGGAGCAAGUGAAAGUGCGAGAUGUAGGGAACGGUGUGUAUGAGUGCGAGUAUUACCCCCUUAAGCCUGGUAAAUAUACAGUCAGCAUCACCUGGGGAGGGCAGACCAUCCCACGCAGCCCCUUUGAAGUGGAGGUGGGUGAGGAAGCAGGCUUCCAGAAGGUGAGGGCCUGGGGUCCUGGCCUGAAGACGGGAAUGGUGGGAAAAUCUGCUGACUUUGUGGUAGAAGCCAUAGGCACUGAUGUUGGGACUUUGGGCUUCUCCAUCGAAGGCCCCUCCCAGGCUAGGAUCGAGUGCGAUGACAAGGGUGACGGGUCCUGUGACGUCCGCUACUGGCCCACUGAACCCGGCGACUACGCCGUUCACGUCAUUUGCGACGAUGAAGACAUCAAGGACAGCCCCUUCAUGGCGCACAUCCUCCCCGCAGCCAAUGACAUUUUCCCAGAGAAGGUUAAAGCUUAUGGUCCAGGAUUGCAGCCAACUGGUGUUACUGUCAACAAACCAACUGAUUUCACCAUUGAUGCCCGCAUGGCUGGGAAAGGUCAGCUGACCCUCUAUGCCCAGGAUGCUGAAGGCUGCGCCAUCAACAUCAAAAUCACCGACAAGGGCGACGGCACAUAUCUAUGUGUGUACACUCCCACCAAGCCCAUUAAACAUACCAUCAUCAUAGCAUGGGGCGGUGUAAACGUGCCCAACAGCCCCUUCAGGGUGCUGGUCGGAGAGGGUUCUCAUCCAGACAGGGUCAAGGUCUAUGGGCCCGGAGUGGAGAAGACGGGCCUCAAGGCUAAUGAGCCAACAUACUUCACUGUGGACUGCAGUGAGGCUGGUCAAGGAGACAUCAGCAUUGGAAUCAAGUGCGCUCCGGGGGUGGUUGGCCCUGCCGAGGCAGACAUCGACUUUGACAUCAUCAAGAAUGACAAUGACACCUUUACUGUCAAGUACACUCCCCCAGGCCCGGGCCGCUACACCAUCAUGGUGCUGUUUGCUGACCAGGAAAUUCCCAUCAGUCCAUUCAAAGUCAAAGUUGACCCCUCCCACGACGCCGGCAAGGUGAGAGCAGAGGGCCCUGGACUCAACAAGACAGGAGUGGAGGUGGGAACGCCAACCCACUUUACCAUCUACACAAAGGGAGCAGGCAAGGCUAAGCCAGAAGUAUGUUUUGCAGCCAUGGGCCCAGGAGAGGCGGUCCGUGACUUUGAAAUCAUCGAUAACCAUGAUUACUCCUACACAGUCAAAUACACCGCUCUUCAACAGGGAAAUAUGGCAAUCACAGUGACCCACGGAGGUGAUCCCAUUCCUAAGAGCCCCUUCCACAUCACAGUUGCACCUGCCCUGGAUAUUGGAAAAGUGAAAGUGGAGGGAUUAGACACGAAGGUAGAAGUAGGAAGGGACCAAGAAUUUACUGUGAACACAAAGGGUGCAGGUGGUCAGGGCAACGUAGGUGUGAAGAUGACCUCACCCACGGGCCGACCAAUCCCCUGCAAGCUGGAGUCGGACAAAGCUAAAGGUGUUCACAACGUGAAAUACAUUCCCCCGGAGGAGGGUCAGUACAAGGUGGACGUCAGCUAUGAUGGCAAUCCUGUCAUGGGAAGCCCCUUUGGGGUGGAGGCGGUAAUGCCUGCUGAUCCCUCAAAGGUCCGAGCCUUUGGCCCUGGUCUUCAAGGAGGCGUAGUGGGUAAACCAGCUCCGUUCACCAUUGACACAAAGGGUGCUGGUGCCGGUGGGCUAGGCCUGACAGUAGAGGGUCCCUGUGAGGCCAAAAUUGAGUGCCAAGACAACGGUGACGGCACAUGCUCAGUAGCUUACCUUCCCACCGAGGCUGGAGAGUACGCCAUCAACAUCUUGUUUGCGGAAAAGCACAUCCCAGGCUCUCCCUUCAAGGCGGCAGUGCGCCCGGCCUUCGACCCCAGCAAGGUCACAGCCAGCGGUCCCGGUCUGGAGAGGGCCAAGGCGGGGGAAGCUGCGACCUUCACCGUGGACUGCACACGCGCCGGUGACGCAGAUCUCACCAUUGAGAUUAUUUCAGAGAACGGGGCUAAGGCUGAGGUACACAUCCAGAAAACGGCAGAGGGAACCUUCUCCGUCACGUACAUUCCGCCGUUCCACGGUGCACACACCAUUACCAUCAAGUACGGAGGUCACAUGAUCCCCCACUUCCCAAAAGCUCUGCAGGUGGACCCCUCUGUGGACACCAGUGGGGUGCAUGUCUAUGGGCCAGGAGUGGAGCCAAGAGGCGUCCUCAGAGAAGUCACAACCCACUUCAUUGUGGACGCAAGGGCCCUCAACAAGGUUGGAGGAACUCAUGUGAAGGCACACAUUGCCAACCCCUCGGGUACCAGCACGGACGCCUACAUCACCGACAAGGGCGACGGCACCUACAGAGUGGAGUACACGCCGUUUGAGGAUGGCAUGCAUCUGAUUGAGGUGCUGUACGAUGAUGUGCCCGUUCCCAAGAGUCCCUUCAGAGUGUCAGUGGUGGAGGGAUGUGAUCCAACCCGUGUGAGGGCCUAUGGACCAGGUCUGGAGGGAGGGGUAACCAACAAACCCAACUGUUUCACAGUGGAGACCAGGGGAGCCGGCACUGGUGGUUUGGGCCUGACUAUAGAGGGCGCAUCUGAGGCCCAAAUAUCCUGCAAAGACAACAAAGAUGGAAGCUGCAGUGUGGAGUACGUCCCCUUUACGCCCGGAGACUAUGAUGUCAACAUUAACUACGGAGGACAUCCCAUCCCCGGUAGUCCCUUCAAGGUGCCAGUGAGGGACCCUGUGGACCCCAGCAAGGUGAAGUGCUCUGGGCCUGGUUUGGGUUCUGGAGUAAGAGCCCACAUCCCUCAAACCUUCACAGUGGACUGUACUCAGGCUGGACAGGCACCGCUGGAUGUCAAACUCUAUGGGCCAACAGGUACAAUGGAGCCAGUCGGUGUUAAAAACAAUGGCGACGGAACCCACACAGUUCACUACACACCAGCCCAAGAUGGACCGUAUACUGUGGCAGUCAAAUAUGCAGAGCAGGAGGUCCCACAUAGUCCAUUCAAGGUAAUGUCUCAGCCUGGGCAUGACGCCAGCAAAGUCCGUGCCAGUGGUCCUGGUCUGGACAGCAAAGGUGUAUCAGCCAGCCUUCCUGUUGAGUUCACCAUCGAUGCUCGCGAUGCUGGAGAGGGCUUGCUCACUGUGCAGAUUCUGGACCCAGAGGGCAAGCCAAAGAAUGCCACCAUCCAGGACAACAGGGAUGGCACCUACACUGUGUCCUAUGUGCCGGACUCUAUUGGCCCAUACACCAUCACCAUUAAAUACGGAGGGGAUGAGAUUCCUUACUCCCCUUACCGGAUUCAGUCGCUUCCCACAGGAGACGCCAGCAAGUGUCGACUCACAGUGUCAAUAGGAGGACAUGGUGUAUCGGGCCUUCAGAAACUGCAGACCUCAGAGGAUACAGUAAUCACAGUGGACGCCAAGGCUGCCGGCAAGGGCAAGGUAACCUGCAAGGUACUGACCCCACAAGGGAUGGAGCUGGACAUGGACGUGGUGGAGAAUCACGACGGAACCUUCGACAUUUACUACACAGCCCCUGAACCUGGCAAAUAUGUUAUCACCAUUCGCUUCGGAGGGCAGAACAUCCCCAAGAGCCCCUUCCAUGUGGUGGCCUCGAAUGAGCCAGUGGCCCCGCGGGACACAGUGGAUCCUCUCUUCAGACCCGUUAACUUCCUCGUGCCCUUCACGCCACAGCAAGGAGACAUAUCAGGUGAGGUGCGGAUGCCCUCGGGCAAGACUGCCCGUCCACACAUCACCGACAAUAAAGACGGCACCAUCACAAUCAAAUACCAGCCUACAGAGCGAGGACUGCACGAGAUGGACAUCAAAUAUGACAGCAACCACAUUCCCGGAAGCCCGCUGCAGUUCUAUGUGGACGCUGUGAACAGUGGAGUAGUGUCAGCCUAUGGUCCAGGUCUGAGUUAUGGCAUGGUCAACAGAGCGGCCACCUUCACGGUGGUCACCAAGAACGCAGGGGAAGGUGGUCUGUCGCUAGCAGUGGAGGGUCCCUCUAAGGCAGAGAUUACCUGCAAGGACAACAAAGACGGCACCUGCACCGUGUCCUACCUUCCCACGGCGCCCGGAGACUACAACAUCAUUGUCAAGUUUGACAACAAGCACAUUCCCGGCAGCCCCUUCACUGCCAAGAUUACAGGGGACGACUCCAUUACCAGGACUUCCCAGCUAAACGUCGGCACAGCUGCCGAUGUGUCUCUCAAGAUUGCCGAAACAGACCUGAGCUCUCUCAGUGCCAGUAUCAGGGCACCAUCGGGCAACGAGGAACCCUGCCUGCUCAAAAGGUUGCCCAACAGACAUCUUGGUAUCUCUUUCACCCCUAAAGAGGUUGGCGAGCAUGAAGUGAGCGUGAGAAAGAACGGUGUGCACGUAGCCAACAGCCCUUUCAAAAUCAUGGUUGGACAGUCAGAGAUUGGCGAGGCCAGCCGGGUUAAGGCUUUUGGUAAAGGCCUGGUGGAGGCACACACCUUUGAGAUGGCAGAGUUUUUUGUGGACACAAGGAACGCUGGUUAUGGUGGACUCGCAUUGUCAAUUGAGGGUCCGAGCAAAGUGGAUAUCAACUGUGAAGAUAUGGAGGACGGGACGUGCAGAGUGACCUACUGUCCGACAGAGCCUGGAAAUUACACCGUUAACAUCAAGUUUGCUGAAAAGCACAUCCCAGGAAGUCCGUUCACAGUUAAGGUAACCGGCGAAGGAAGGAUCAAGGAGAGUAUAACCAGGAAGAGGCAAGCGUCUUCUAUCGCUUCAGUGGGAAGCACUUGCGGACUCAACCUCAAGAUUCCAGGAAACUGGUUCCAGAUGGUGUCAGCCCAGGAGAGGCUGACAAGGACGUUCACCCGCAGCAGCCACACGUACACCCGCACCGAGCGCACAGAGAUCAGCAAAACCCGCGGAGGUGAGACCAAGCGGGAGGUUCGGGUGGAGGAGAGCACCCAGGUGGGUGGAGGGGGAAGCCCCUUCAGAGAUGUGUUUGGAGACUUCCUGGGCCGAGAGAGCCUUAGCAGCUUCGCCGGCAUCACUGCCAGACCUGAAGCUGAGGGGGGCUCACAGGCCAUGACAGCCCAGGUGACCAGCCCCAGUGGGAAGACAGUGGAUGCCGAUAUUGUGGAUGGAGGAAACAGCACCUACAGCGUGCGCUUCAUCCCCCAGGAAAUGGGAGCGCACACUGUCAAUGUCAAGUACAGGGGACAGCAUGUCCCUGGAAGCCCCUUCCAGUUUACUGUGGGGCCUAUGGGGGAGGGAGGGCCACACAAGGUCCGCGCCGGUGGUCCUGGCCUGGAGAGAGGCGUGGCUGGAGCACCUUCUGAAUUUAGCAUCUGGACCAGAGAGGCCGGUGCUGGAGGGCUUUCCAUUGCCGUUGAGGGGCCCAGCAAGGCAGAAAUCUCCUUUGAGGACAGGAAGGAUGGUUCCUGUGGUGUCUCAUACAUUGUGAAAGAACCAGGUGACUAUGAGGUGUCAAUUAAGUUCAACAACGAGCACAUCCCUGACAGCCCCUUCAUUGUUCCCAUCGCGACGCUGUCAGACGAAGCCCGCAGGCUCACGUUCACAAGCCUGCAGGAGAAGGAUUUGAAGGUAAACCAAGAAGCAUCAUUCAUGGUGCAGCGCAACGGGGCUCGUGGCGUGGUGGACGCCAAAGUGCACACCCCCUCCGGCUGCUCCGAGGAAUGUUAUGUCACUGAGCUGGAUGGUGAUAAAACCGCAAUCCGCUUCAUUCCACGGGAGAACGGCGUUCACUCAAUAGAUGUCAAGUUCAAUGGAUGCCACAUUCCUGGUAGUCCCUUCAAUGUGCGGGUUGGAGACCCGGGGCUGAUUGGAGAUCCAGGCAUGGUAACUGCACACGGCCCCGGCCUGCUGGGCGGAACAACAGGCGUACCCUCCGAGUUUGUGGUCAACACCUGCAACGCUGGCCCUGGCACCUUAUCGGUCAACAUCGACGGGCCAUCCAAGGUGAAGAUGGACUGCUGCGAGUGUCCCGAAGGCUACAAAAUCACCUACAUCCCCAUGGCGCCCGGCAACUAUCUCAUCACCAUCAAAUAUGGCGGGCCUCAGCACAUCGUGGGCAGCCCUUUCAAAGCUAAAGUCACAGGUGCCCGACUCUCAGGCGGGCACAGCCUCCACGAGACAUCAUCUGUCCUGGUUGAAACCGUUACCAAAUCCUCCAAGGUGGGCGGCGCCUACAGCUCCACUUCGUCCUCCUCUUCUACAUCCACCACCACGUCCAAGCUGACAUCAGACGCCAGCAAGGUGGUUUGUCGCGGAAUGGGUCUGAGCAAGGCUGCGGUGGGACAGAAAAACAAUUUCACAGUCGACUGCAGCAAAGCAGGUAGCAACAUGCUGAUGGUGGGCGUGCACGGCCCUCAAGCUCCAUGCGAGGAGGUAUACGUCAAGCACAUGGGCAACAAGCUCUACAACGUCACCUACACCGUCAAGGACAAGGGCAGCUACACCCUCAUUGUCAAAUGGGGCGACGACAACGUCCCUGGUAGCCCCUACAAAGUGGCUGUACCCUGAAAGCACCAAAGCAGUGUUCCGCCCCUUCACCCUAUGGCAGGCGUCAACCACUCCCUCCUUACCACUGCCAUGUUAAUGGCACUGCUCCUCUACUUUUGACUGAUUACAAAUUACUGCACUAAAGUUUCCGUGUGCCAAAUUCUGUAAGCACAGCAUAUGCAUAGCAUAGGGAUGUGAAGGCAACAGCGUGGUUUAUGAGUGAUGUUUGUUUGGCCCUUCCUUUUUCGCCUCCUGUCGUGUAGGUGUCAUCUGUGAAUGUUUAUAGGCAAUAGCUAAUGUAAUCGACAGUAUUGAAGUGUGUGUGUGGCACAAAGUCUUUUUUGUAUGAUUUAAGAAGGAACGAUUGCCUUUUUUUGUUAUAUUAACCUAUUUUUGCAGACCUAAUAAAGA